AUGGUUGUUAGAAACGAAUGGAAGGCUAUCGACACAGAGGACGCGCAAAUAAUAUCAACAUCGUCAACCGCGACUCAAUCCCCAGAUACCACAGAACUCCAAGUCGAGAAUGGUGACCAACUAUUUGACUUUGGAACCGAGUCCGCCCCUUCGGAACUCCAAGUCCGAGACCUGAUCACUAGACGGAAUGGAUCAUUAGAUGACCAUGCCGUCUUCUGCUCCCUCUUCCUACAAGACAUCCCCGAAAAUACACCAGCGUGGAAACGAAAUUUGUUCCUUACUUUUUCACAAUGUAUAUCAACAGAGAUGGUCGCUAUAGAUGGCGUCCACAACGACUGGCGUCACCUCCUCCUCCCUCUAGCCCAACAAGAUGAACUCGUCAUGGACGCGGUGCUCACGGUCUCGGCAUUUCACUUCCACAUCAACAAACUCGAAAACAGUCUAAGGCAGAGUAAGCAACAAUACAGUGCCUUCGGUACCAUUGCAUAUGACUCCUAUGUGCCUGAUCCAUAUCAACUGCUCGGCCGAACCCUGCAAGGGCUUCGGAUACGACAAGAACUCAACUCUGGCGACCAAACAACACAACAUUCUGUUCUAAUUACGUUAUUACUACUAAUGACUUCUGUUCUUGUUACUGGCGGUUCGGACUUUCCUAUGCUUCUGAGAAUGCUCGAGUCUGCGCUGGAUGCUAUUGGUGGCAAGGAAGGGUUGGGAACAGGUAUCCUGGCCGGCUUCAUUAUGCGUGAGCUUCACAAAAUCCGAGUCUACGCAGCUCCACAUCUCGGCGAAGAAAUGGGUCUCCCAAUGCUAUCCUCCCAAGCCCGAACAGACCAACUCUUCGGCUGCCUCAACCACUGCCUCCAACUCUACCCCGAACACGCCCCCCUCUUCUCCCAAGUCGCCGAUCUAGUCUACCAAGCCCGCGACAUCUACCUCCAACAAGUCCUCUCCGACCAAACAACCAACUUCUUCGACCUCGAUCCUGUCCCCGCAAAUCCGAGCUCCGUCGCCCGCGUGCAGCGCUUCAUCGAAACUCUAGCUCAAAUACCGCAUACCUCCCCCGUUGCGCAUAUGCUGAUAUGGACAACGUUUGUGGCGGCUUCAGAUGCUCAGUUGGAUGAGCAUAAGAUGUUUUUCGAGGAUGUGCUGAGGAGACAUCAUAAGAGGAGUGGGUUUGGGAAUUUGUUGAAGGGUAUUGAGGCGCUGAAGAGGAUUUGGGGCAGAAAGCCUGGCGAGAGGUGGACUACCCUUUUACCGCAGACAAAAGUGCUUGUUGCGUGA